AUGUCUGACUUCACAUCCAAAGGCGGCGAGAAGAUUGAGAAGGGAGACACUGUCCACACUCCCAUUCGAGGGGGAAAGCAUGAGGGCCAGGUCGAAGAGCUCGUGACGGACGACACAAGAGCCAAAGAAAUCGACGCGAAAGGCGCGAAGUCGGCGCCAGCAGUGGUGUUCACGGACCAGAACCAGAAGAAGGUUGCUCACAAACCGAACUCGCUUAGCAAUUUGGAUAAGGAAUAA